AUGGCGACUACUACGACGAAUAAAUUAGACAACAGAUUUCUCGGUUUACCAAAAAACAGAACAGGCCUUUUUGCUGCUGAUACAAUACAAGAAGUUAAAUCCAAUAGAAAUCCUUACAUAAAUGUUCCUCUUCUAUCACCUCAAUUUCGUCAUAAUACUUCAGCAAAUGUCUUAUUAGCAUCAGCCGAACAGAAUCUUCAUCAAUUACAACAAUAUCGAUCAUCAUCAAAUGAAAUUCAACAAUAUUAUCCACUGGACGAUGCUUCUCAUAAUAAUAUUGAUUCUUCUAAUGAUUCUCGUUUAACUUUAAGUGGUAUAAGAAAUGGUUUUCGUCCAUCAACAGUACGUCAUCAAAAGUCCCGAUUAUCAACAGCUACUCCACAACGAAAUAGUGCUCAUCAUGAACAUAAAGAGUCACUACCAAAAGCAGCCAUAAUGCAAGCGCACGCAUCAGCAAAAUUAAAAUCCGAAAUCGAUCAUAUCAAUAGCAAAUUAAAAAGACAUGAAGAUUCGAGUAAACAUUUCCGUGCUCAAAGUAGUCGGGAUUUAGAUGGUACUCCACAAAGUGAUUAUUCUUACUCAACAUCAUGCCGUUUAUCUUCUGCAUCUACGACACUCUUAGCUGAUCGCAUCCAUCAACGUUUUUCGUCAGCUAUAACAUAUGCGUCCCCAAAUGUAGUUGCUACAAUACCGUUAAUAAAUGAAGCAUCUAAUGAAACUGCACAAAUGAUUUCGACUAUGAUUCCAAUAUCGUCAGCGUUAACUAAUGAAAUAGAUAAUAAUCAACAAGAUACAAUAGAAUAUCAGCCAACAUAUGCAUAUCAAGUUCCACAGCAAUCUAAUGUUGGUAGCGAAAGCGUUUUUCUACCUGAAUCAGCAGUAUUCUCGGCGAAAAAAUCACGUUCAGCUAAAAUCGAUCGGCGUCCUAAUGAAUCGAAACCUAUAUCAUGUCCAUUUUAUGUUAUGUAUUUAACUAAUUUAGCAAUGCAACAACGACAGAAUACAGCUAAUAAUAAUAAUAAUAAUAAUAAUAAUAAUAAUAAUAAUCAUAACAAUGAAAAUCAUUUGACACCCAUGGGAAUGUCAUCUGUAACACGAAACGUUCCUAUGAAUUCACGUAUCAGUACAGCUUAUCCAAAAAUUCAACCAUUUCGAAGACCUGUAAACAGUCCGAUCAGUGUGAAUACUUAUUCAACUAUAGACGACGAAGAUUUUGUUUCAAGUUCAACACCAUUUACUAAUAGUAAGCGUUUAUCAGCUAAAACGUCUACUGUUGACAAUGAAAGUUCUCAUAUGUUACGAGAUGUUCUUCGAACCUCAUCAUGGAAUCAUGUACAAACAUAA